CUUUCUAAAUGCCGAGCUGAUCGGCCUGUCCAACGCUGCCACCUGUGCCCUACUCGAGGAGGUCUUGUCUGAGAGUCAACCCCGAAAAUCCGGCUCCAUCCCGCUUCCCGUCCAAUCGGACGGUGAUGCACAUCCUUCGGCUUCGUCCCAUUCAUCAUCUUCAUCCAAUACCUCAUCAUCUCCCCUGCACUUUAUCCAGUUAAUAGAUGCCCUCUACACCGAGUUCACUCGGCUUGCUCGUCUCUACGGCUGUGCCUCUUCCUCACCAGACACCUUCCGAAACAGCGGUAGCGCUGGUGGCUGUGGAGUGGCCGUUCGAGCCGGUGGGGGUCCCUCCGGUGCCUGCCUUGACGACUGGCUUUGCAUGUCUGGAUACCCGGAUGCUCGGCUGGAUCAUGCUAGGUCCUGCGUCGACCUUGGCCUCGCAAUGCAACGAUAUUGCAGGUUGGUAGGCCUCCUCUUUGCAUCUCCAUGUCCAGCAAAGCAUGUUCCCUGGUGGUAUGCUAAAUUGUUUCAUCUUCAAGUGGAUUAG